AUGCCUAUAGUCUUCCUAUACAACGACAGUAAGUAUCCUUUCAUAUUGUGCACAGCACCCCCAGCCAUUUUACUUUCUGCACCAGUUGUGAGAGUAGAAGGAAGAGGGAUGACUUUCAAAGAGGUCUCACGAAAGUCCUCCAGCCCACGAAGCUGCCUCGAGUUGGCACUGGAGGCGGAGCGGGUGUGCAAGACGACACGCGACUAUCAGACGGCCAUCCGCCUUUUCCGCCAGGCCCUUGCCGUAGGUACUGAUGACAUUACCGUCCUCUCCGCCAUAUACAGCCAACUGGGUAACGCCUACUUCUACGAACACGACUUUCUUCACGCCCUCGAGUUUCAUCGGUGGGAUCUCUCCCUCUCUCGAGUAAUCAGGGUUGGGUUGACGAAGCAUUCAUCGAACAUCUACCAACGAGUUGCAUCGAUGUGA